AUGCAUCUCGAAGACAAGGAGGAUUUCCUAUCUUACGCCGCGCCAGUGUCGCCUGGACUUUACGCUCACAACCCAGAAUACUUUUCGCAUUUCAAGCCCAGGAUUCACAAAAAUGCUCGUAUAGCAGACGACGCUUCUAUCCAAUGUCAGAUUGACCUUUUGGGCAAGGAACAUAUCGGCACGUUCGCAGGUUGUCUGAAUCCAGUUUCGGGAGGAUGUGCUGCUCUUACUUUUCCCUUCACCUCUCCGAAAGAUCUUGCACUCGCGGCAUAUAUGAGCGAGGCUGCUGCUAUUUACGAUGAUCUGGAAGAACUUCACUUGUCUACGGACACCCUGGCAGAAAGCAUGAAGGGACAAGCGACUCGAUCGACCCACGAACUAAUUGCUAGCCUCGAGCAAAAUAGCAGUGAGCGAAUGGAGCAGGCAGUCGCAAAGAUUAUGGUCCAGCUGUCAAACCAAGGCCAACGUGGAGAGAAACUUUUGUCCCAAUGGAAUCUUUUCAAGCGUAUCACGCAAACUGCUGAAUCAGCACACGUCGAGUACGAGAGCCUAGAUCAGUAUCUCUCCCAUCGGGGGGAAGAUUUUGGCUUGAAGAACUUGAUUGCGCUAUCCUACUACGGUGUGAACCUGACCCUCACGGCUGCAGAGCAGUCAAUCACAUCGCCUAUUCUUCAGCCAUUGUAUGACUCGAUAGCCCUAACAAAUGACUAUUUCUCGUGGGAAAAGGAGUCGUCAGAACAGAAAUCGCAUGUCGUGAGCUCGGUUGCUCUUUUCAUGAAGUGGGAUUCUUUGUCUGCAUCUGAAGCUAAAGAAGCCGUGAAGGCGAAGAUAAUUGAGCUCGAAGGAGAUUAUCUGACUCGGAAGACAAAAUGCCUUCAGGAAAUUGGAAGUGGAGGCACCUCGCAGACCGUCAAUCGCGCAUUCGACUUGAUUGAGGCCAUUGCAGCAGGCCUUUUUCUGUGGAGCAUGACUUGUCCUCGCUAUCAUUGUUCGAGCCAGAAUAUUUACCAAACAUGUCUCGAGAAUCGGACCAAAGACGGCUUUCAAUUUUUUGAUAGCUGUACAGUCUCGGAGGAGUUGCUCAGCUGCGAAAACCUUUAUGCUCUUGCCAAUGGUACGAAGCGGAUGGUGAUCAAUGGUACGCACAAGCAUGAAGUGGCUAAUGGUGUUGCUCGCUUGACCGAGUCAAAUGGUAACUCUCUCAUUCUGGAUGGCUUACAAUGGUUUAUUGACCUUCUUCUAGAUAGUCAACCCCCUUCGGUGUUUAGAGAUCUCUCGUUGAUACCACUUGGUCAUGAAGUCCUGAGAUAUCCAUCCGACUACAUCCUGUCAAUGCCAGGCAAGGGAGUUCGUUGGGCCGUUUUGAACGCUAUGAAUUUGUGGUAUCAAGUGCCACGAGAUUCUCUCGACAAGAUCAAAGAAGUGGUAAAACUUGUGCACACAUCCUCUUUGAUGUUUGAUGAUGUUCAGGACAAUUCCCCUCUCCGUCGUGGGAAGCCAUCGGCUCACGCAAUAUUCGGAGUCGGCCAAACCAUUAGCUCGGGCUUUUUCUUGUGUCUUGAUGUUUUCAGGAUAAUCCAAACACUUUCGCCAUCAGCAACGACAAUAUACCUUGAUGAGCUUGAUUUAAUGCAUCGAGGACAGGCCUAUGAUCUUUACUGGACGCAUAAUGGCAUAUGUCCUACAGAGAAAGAAUACCUAAGCAUGAUUGAUGCUAGUAAGUCUAAAUGUAUUCGUCUACUGCUCAUACAUAUGGCUGACAUGGUAAAUUGCUAUCCACCAGAAACCUCGGCUUUAUUUCGCCUUGCUAGCCGGCUGAGUCGAGCCGAAGCAACCAAGAACAAAAAUCUUGAACUCGAACGCCACUUUACAUUGGUCGGAAGAUACUUUCAAAUCCGCGACGACUACCAGAACCUAACAUCUUUAGAGUACAUCGACAACAAAGGCUUUUGCGAGGAUCUUGACGAAGGCAAAUAUUCUUUGCUCCUCAUCCAUUCGCUUCAGAAGGGCGAUCACAUAAUACCGACUAUUCUUCAGCAGCGUAAAAUUUCUGGGCACUUGACAAAAGAAAUGAAGCUGUUGGUUCUCGAGCGAUUGACGGCCAAUGGAAGCUUUGAUUACACUUUGGCGAUCAUGGAAGAGCUCUUUGAGCUUAUCAAAGGGGAGCUCGAGGCAUUGGAGCGAGAGACGCAGACGAAGAAUUGGAUUUUGUGGCGGGUUCUGCGUCAGCUAAGAGUUUGA